UCAGUCUAGGAUAAACGCUUGCGACGAGCACAACAAGUGCGCGCAUGCAAAGAGCCCCGGAGCCAGUGGUUUUUCAGCAAAAUUCAGUGCCAGUGCCAGUGCCAGAGCUACUGCCUCAGCCCCCCACAAAAAGUUUGCCGUGUAGUGUAGAGCAUUUGAGUGAAAGUGAGUGCUGACGAGUGACAGUGAUAGUGAAAGGAGUAGCCAGCGGCUGGGCAGGACACCUGCCGGCGAGGUCCUUGCUCUGCGGGUGCGCGCGAUUCGCAGGAGUUACCUAAUUAGCUGCGCGCGUUCAAUCAAACAUGUAACUCCGCCCCCCACCCUCCAUUCGAAACUGCGAUCGAUAAUUGCCUAGGUUAUUUGUGCUGGUGGUGCCAAAAGUAGAACCCCCCCGAUUCCCCCAGAACGAGCCACCGACUCAUUGUUGCUAUUUAUUAAUGUGAAGAUAAUCAGAUCGCUCAAGUGCUACAAUUUGAUAUUUUAAGAGUUUUGUGUGCUCAUUUGGGAUUUCCAUCGAAGGCUAAGCCAGGCCAAAACCCCAUCUGCCACUGCAGCUGGAAUCAACCAAUUCGGAAAUAUGAAUAGGUUUUGGAUAAUCGCUUUACUUUUAGGAUUACAGCAAACAAAGCCAAUAAAUGGACAAUCGGACUUGAAUGUGAAUUUAGUGGUGCCCCGGUACGUUGAGCGCGGCUCGAGCGCCACCUUCAGGUGCACGCACAAUGUCCAGCCGGAAAUACUGUUCAAGGUGACAUGGCUGAAGGUUGACAAGGGCAAGUUUUUCGAAUUCAUAAACGGCAGGAAUCCGCCAUUCCGCAACUCCACCAUCGAAGGGGCCGAAAUCGACUGGGACCAUUCCAACGAGCAGCAGGUGACGCUGAAGGAUGUCCAGUUCGAUCUCUCCGGCCAGUUCUACUGUGAGGUCUCCACGGACACCCCCAUUUUCACCAAGGCCAGUGCCGAUGUGCUCAUGAGCGUGUUCUUGCCCCAGCCGGGUCCGCCCACCAUUAAGUUUCGCAAGCGAACGCCCUUCGCGGUAGGCGAGAAACUUUUCGCCCUGUGCAACACCACCCGUGGACGCCCCGCCCCGCACGUCACGUGGCUAAUCAACGGCAAAAAGGUGGAGGACAAGUACGUGCGCACCCACCACGUGUUCAUGUUCAAUGGCAAGAACCAGCGCCGCACGCAGCAGCAACAGCAGACGCAGCUGAGUCAGCAGCAGCUGCAGCAGCAAUACUUCCAGCAGCAGUACUUCAAUCAGUACCAUCAGCAGUACCACAUCCCCGUUGGCCAAUUCAUGGACCGCUACGACAAAAGCUUACGCUGGCCGGCAGGAGCACGAGCGGAUGAGUUCCCGCACUUUCUGUCGCACCACCACGAGGGUCAUGGCCACCAUGGCAGCCUGUACAACAAUCCGUUUGGCUCGCUGGCCAACUACCAUGACGUGGGUGAGUUCCACGAGGUGCACCAGCGCAACUACGACAGCAACAAAAAGAAGAUGGAGCAAAAGAAGCAGCAGCAGAUGGAGAUGAAGAAGCACAGGAACAGCAACCGCAAGUACCGUCGCCACAUAAACGAGAAUGCCCUGGGUAUCAUUCGCAGUACCCUGAACAGCGGUGGUUUCGGUCCGCAGGCGCCCAACAUGAACAAGGAGCUGGGCAUCCCGUCGAACGCCGGGCCCAUGAACCAGCUGGCAGCAGGCUACCAGCGGCCACUUUCGCAUCCCGGCGGCGGGAGCGGAGUGGCGGCAGCGGCGGCCGCCGUUACCGCCGCCCAGCAGGAGAAGGGCAUGUACAGCAUCAGCCAGAUGAACAUCGACCUCACCGAGGAGCACGUGGGCGGCAGCAGUCGCAUGGAGAUCACCUGUCUGUCAACCAUUCCGGCGACAGUGGGCCAGGGCGAGCAGUACGCGGACUACAAGACGUACUCGGUGAAAGUUGAGGUCGACCGUCAUUUGGUCUCCACCACGUCGACGGCUCCGCCGAGCAUCGGAAUGGCGGCGCUGGGCAAUGGAAAUGGACAUGGCAAUGAGACUUCCGCCGGGCGGAGGGCUCAUGGCUCGGUGGUGACGCACUUGUGGUCGCUGUCACAGCUCCUGCUGCUCGUCCUGCUGCCCCUCAGCUAUUAAAAGGGUGCGGGAUGGACAAACGGGACGCACUGGAGAGGAGAAGACCACCGACAUACUCCCACAGAAGGUAUAGUUAAAGCAAAACCAAGGACAACCACAUCAUCGCCAACCCAUCAAGGACAAAAGCGGCUGCAGCAAAAACAGCAGCAUCGGAAAAAAACCAAGUUGGAAUUUUUGUAAAUUGUACACCGCAUUUUUAAUCUGUUUCCCAAGCAUGAGCUCGAUCGAGCACGUAAAUUAGUGCAGCCCAAAAGAGGGCAAAAACACAAAGGACUAUAAGAACAUUUUUAGCAUUUGUGCUCGCCUUGGUCGGCCAAUUUAAAUAGUUUACUUGUAAAUAACUGCAGAUGACCGAGGGAAGCGGGCGGGGAUAUUCUUUUUUGUAAGGCCGCAAUGCCAAAGAGAAAUGUUUGUAAUUAAGUUGCAGUCGGUCGGGAACUGGGUAAAUGCCUUCAGUCCGGCCAGUAGCCAUUUUUUGUAGCGAAUGAGAAUUUUGUAUAGCUAAUUGGACACACGUUUCGGCAGAGGCGACUGCAACUCUAGACAAAGAAACCCAGUUUUUUGCGCUCUCCAAGGUCAGUGCGGUGAUUUCCCUUUUACCGACCUUGUCAAAAGUUUGGGCCUAGGAAAGACCCGUAGAUAUCCAAAUUGCCGCUUUGUUUUUUGGCGUUUCAAAGCAGUCGCUACGAAGCUAGUACCUAAAACACAUGAUCUUAGUGCAGUAGCAAACCAAAACGAAUAACAAACAAACACUCAAAGGAAACAUAUUUUUUACGGUAUUGAAGCGCUUGGACUAGUCAUGGAUAGGGAUUUGGCAAAUGAGGGUAGGCUAAGAUUAGGGCAAAUGAAUUUAAGCGCCAGCAGCAGCAAGCUAAAUACGAGUACCGUGCCCCGAAACCCGUACUCGUACCAACGUACCCCCGGAAAUAAAACGUUUAAAUGUAAAAUAAUUAGACAGUUAAACCAAGAAGCUUACAGAAACAAUCAGUGUUGAAAACAUUUUGAGAAAACCAAAACAAAACGAAACAAAGGAAGGCGGAGCAGAAACAGCACGCAGAACCCAAACGAAAAGGCGUCGAAAAGGCGGCAUCUGCGGCUCGUGGUGACCCCCAAAAUGGGAAGGGUCAUCCCCGGAGGUCUGGGCUGGUAAUGGGUUACCUCGGACCCACUCCGCUCGACAUUACUACGCUUAUUUAUUUAUUUUCAUUUAGACCCUUAAUUUUCGGUUCGUUGUGUGUAAAUGGUUAUCGUUGCAAUGGAUUGUUUUAGUGUGUAGUUAGGAAAAUAUUUGCCGUUGCCAUUAAUUGUUCUCGCUAUCGUUUUUUUUUCCAGACGGUUAAGGAGCGGCUUAGUCGCAGUCCCUAACACAACGUACGAAUGCAUUUUGUGUGUAUUUAGGAGGAUUAUUUUCAAACGCGCUUUAUGUGUCUAUGGCUAGCAAACCAUUUUAAACACGUAGCAUAACAAUGUAACUAUGUAAAGCAAGAUGAUAGCAACCACGGACAACCCGGCAAAGUAAAUAUAUGUAAAGCAAUUAGUGGACUAGUCUAUACUCUCUAAAAAUAUAUAUAUAUUAAAUGAGCGUCUGUAAUGUGUGUGUAAUUAGGCUUCUAUUUUUGACUUCUACUCAACGGCGAAAUGCAAAACCAAACAUAAAUUUAGUAAUACAACUAAGCCUGCAAUGUUCUCCUACAUUUUGAACAAGCGAAAUCAGUUAAAACAAACCAUUAACAAUUAACAAACAACAAACAACAAAUAACAAUUACAACUGCAAAUGGCGAAAUCUUGCCACAGUUGAAACAUUUUCCAAGGGUUGUCCUCAUUGUGAGUACAUAAAGUUUCAUGGCCAGUGAGAGCUGAAGCUGACGAGAAAACCAACCGGAUAAUGCUUAAAUGAACUACAACAAUUUUUUAUAAAAGAAAUAUACUGAAUUAUGAUAACGGUGACAUCACAUAUAAAUAUUUGAAAACAAAGUUCAUAUUAUGUAUGAAAAUAUGGCUAAAAUGUCUUAUGCAGGUAUUGACGUCUUCCUAUGCUACGCUGUCUAUUAUUAACAGAAAAAAUUGAUUACAUUUAUAAAUUAUACAUUACGAAUAGGUGUGCAUGCAAAUUUACUGAUAGCAUACACUAAGAACUAAAUAAUAAAAUGAAAAAAAAAAAUGAAAAAAUAUUAACACUUAUACACAACAAAUGAAAAUGCUUUAAGGUUAAUCAAUAAUUUAUUCCUGUUUUAAUUCAAACCCGUAGACUAUAAAGUUUCAGUAAUGAUAUGAUUAUAGUAUGCUAAUUUCAACCAUCGUUCGUUUCUGGAUAAUUUGAUUUACGUAAACCAUUCCGGGAGCUAUUUCCCAACUCGUUUUGGGCUUGUUAAUCACUCGUACUAGUAAAUGUUUCCCACCAAUCUAUGAACAAGUGCAAACACCCCUCAACGCAUUACACUUGCCUACACAUCCGCAGUUUUCCCCCGAAAUCAUCCACUCUCUUCUUCUCUAUUUGUCUGUAUAAAUAUACAAACUGCGUGUUGCCUACAUUUCAGUCGUUUGUGGUCGCAGCAUAUAUCUGCAUGAAUAUGCAUAAUUGGCCAAAGACUUGGAGUCACUUUAUCCCAGUCAUGUCGCUGAUUAUGAACUAUGCAUUCUCUAUCGAGCAUAUAAAUGUGUAUCUAUGUAUAAACUCUAUAUAGGUGUCCAGUGCAAGUGAAACGCGAAAGGAUGAUAUUUAUAUAGAUGAAGUAAGAGUACAUUAAGUGUCGCAGCAAUUCGCAAAACAUAUCAUAAGUGUUGUAACAUUUUCGGAUCCUCAAGAUGAGAGCCCAGCCUCUCAAGUCGGAAGCCAAUUAACAUUUUUCAUGCUUAGCAUAUGGAUAUUUAUGCCGUUUAAUUCUAAUUGUCUGCUAAGGUCUCUCCAACCAAAAAAAUGAGUAUUGAUUUGGGUGUUUAACAAUCUGGCAUUCCAGUUCAGGUUGGAGGAAUGUUGGCAUUAUAAUAAAAUUGGAGCGCAUGCUAUACAAAUGCACACAAAACACGAACAUUAUAUUUGAAUGUUGUAUUUUGAUAGGUCGAAAGUAUUACGAUGUCAGAUUGCCAGACAAAAGGUUAUUUUGUCCGGGAAUCUGCCACGCGGCUACCUUUAUCAUUUAUCAUUUCUCUCACAUCAAAAUCUUCCAAUCACACAUAUCAUUGCGUAUUGAACAAAAACAUGAAAUUAUACAAGAUAUAUAUUGAAAUUAUGUAUACAACAAAACAUAAGAAAAACCCGUAAAAGGUGUAUAAAAGAUAUAGAGUAUUUAUAGAGAAACGGCAUGUUUAUUUAUUUUAGACACUUACACCACAAAAAGCUUUAACUUUUUGUUCCAAUUGUUUAUCUAACAUGAAUAGAAUCAAUCGCCUGCACAAACACAUGGAUUUGUGUGUAAAAAUAUUUGAUAUUGACUUCAGACUAAUUUGAAUUUCCCUGAUUUGUAUUGUAUAAAAUGUUUUAUGGACUAAGAAAUUGUCUAGGUAAAUAGCAUUAUUGAGGCUAUUAUUGAUAACUGAAUAUUGGAGAAACCCCCACAAAUUGAACUCGAUAAACGUAACGUAAAUAUUUAUUUAUAGAUACAGACAUACCAAGCCAGCGAAACAAUUGUAAAAUUUGCAGCCUAUGCUAGUCAAAUGCAAAAAUGCAAAAAAAAGUGUGGAAUAUGUGUAUUAUUAUUAUACUAAGCCACGAUUAUUAACAUGUACACUGUCGGAGCUGAGCAGAAAGUGUAAAAUUAAAGAAGUGUAAAUUACCAAACGAAGAAAAACAAAUUACGAUUACAACUCAACCCAAAAAAUAUGGCGCCUACUGCUUGGCCAAUCUACUACACUGAAAGAGAUAUACAGCAUAUUAAAUAUACAUACAGAAAUACGAAUAUUUGUGGUAAAGAGAAAGAAACUAAAAAAUAAAUGUUGAAAACAAAA